CAAACAAUCUCUUAUCGUUUUAUACAAUUACCACAAUGGCAUCUACAGCGGUAAAAGUAGCUGGGGCUGCAAAGGAUAUAUCGCCCCUGUACUAUAGAAUUUUAUCAAAAUUUCCACAAAAUUUCACUUUUUGUUUUGCCUAUGGGUCAGCUGUCAAGCCUCAAAUAGGCAACCAGAAGAAACACAAUAUGAUCGAUCUAAUAUAUUGCGUCGACAACUCGUAUCGUUGGCAUGGUGCUAACAUCGAUAUAAACCCUUCACACUACUCGGCACUUCGCUUUUUGGGCAAAGGAUUUGUUGCAAGAUUUCAAGAGAAGUGGGGUGCAAAAGUUUACUUCAACACAUUGGUAGACAUAAAAGAAGAAAAUGUAACUAUCAAGUAUGGUGUUGUAUCACAAAAAGACCUAAUUGCUGAUCUUCUUGAUUGGAACCAUUUGUAUCUGGCGGGCAGACUUCACAAGCCAGUUGAGAUCAUCAAAAAGACGAAUAGCUCUCAACUGCAGAUUGCUCUGCAGUCUAAUUUGCGCUCAGCUGUUCAUACUGCCCUUCUGGUAUUGCCAGAAACAUUUUCUGAAUAUGACUUUUACUUUACAAUAUCUAAUUUAAGUUAUGCUGGAGAUUUCCGCAUGACUUUUGGUGAAAAUAAGAAUAAGGUUCGAAACAUUGUCCAGCCACAACUGUUAAACUUUCGUGAACUCUAUAGACCAAUCUUGCAGCAAUUCCAUGCUUAUGUAGAUUUUCCGACUGGCGACGCUCAGUGCCACCAAGACAUACAUCCUGAAACUAAAUUGCACCAUUUAAUGCAGCUGCCUAUGGUUCCACAACAGAGAAUAGUGAAAUUUUGGAACCACGGAGGACUUCAGCAAGAUAUGGAGGAUGUUCUUCGAGCUGUGGCCUAUGAUAUUGAUUGUGCUGUUAUUUUGAGGCAAAUACUGAAGGACUUAGUAUGGCAGUCUAGUGUGAGACAGUCACUGAAGGGAAUUCCCACAGCUGGUUUCCUAAAAUCAAUCCGUACAAAUAUGCUUACUGAUGAAUCAAGCAGUGAUUCAGAAACAGGCAGGUUCAAAGGUCAAACGAAAAGCCAAGAUGACAAAUCAAUCAGUACUAAUUUGAAAAGGGAUAGUUUACUCAAUAGAUCAACAGGCAGAAACAGGAGCUUUCCUGAUAGAUUUAAUAGAGAUGCAGAUAGAAGGAGAAGUGAAAGAGAAAAGUUUGAAAGACGUUCAAGAGAAAGAAAUAGAUACUCUAGGUACUCUCCUAGAAGAAGACACUCUAGAGAAAGAAGUAAAAUAUCUUCAGAAAGAUUUAGAGAUAGACAUAGAAGAGACUCAAGAUCCAGAGAGAAAAAAUCUAAACCAAGAGAGACUCGAAGCAACAGCAAAGAUAGACAUAGGCAUUCGAGAUCAAGAUCUCAUAAGUCUCCAGUAAAAACAAGGAAUAUAAGAGAUGAAAUCAAAGGCAUUAUUACAAAAAAGGAUAGAAGUCCAGAUAAAGUUCUAAAGAAAUCCAGAAAUGAAAACUUGUCAUCACCAGAACCUGUAGCAAAGAAAUCAGUGGUUCAUAAACCCACUGAAGUUCAAAGGAAGAAAAGCGAGAGCCCUAUUUUAAUUGAAGAACAUGCUAGCAGUGAUGUUUCUGAAGAAGUGCAACCUGGCUCAUAUUAUAACAUGAUACCAGCAAUUGUAAAAGAAAAACCUGAUGAAGUAAAAGGGAAAUCUGAAGAAUCUAGUGAAAUCGAUUCUUCUGAUGAUGAGAGACUUAGAGCUAAGUUGCUAAAUUUAGAAAAAGAGUUGCAGAAAACCAAAAAGAAAAAGCAUAAAAAGAAACACAAAAGAAAAAAUUCAAAGUCUGACAAAGACAAACGUGACUCAUCAGCCUCUGUAGAAGUUACCAGUACAACAGAUAUUCCAGAGCUCAUGACCGAAUCUUCUAAAGUAAUUGAAAGUGCUGAAGUUACAUCUACACAAAAAAUGAAAGAGAGCAGUGAAGAAGGUGAAAUAUUGAGCGACGAUUCUCAAAGUGAUAUUGACCCAAAUGACUUAAGACAUAAGCUUAAACGAUCAAAAAAAGCCCCAGAUUUUCAAAAGAAAGAUGCAUGUGGGCCAGCACUACCUCCACAUUUAGAAAGACGUUUUAAAAAGAGCACAUCACCUGUCAUUGAAGGACCAUCCUUACCUCCUCAUUUGCAGAAAAAGGGCCAUAAUAUAGGACCAUCAAUACCAGAAGACAUGCGUAAAGUGUUAGCUGAAAAUAGUGAUAUGACUCAUGAAGUUAUACAUUCAAGUUCAGAUGAUGAUGGUAUAGGACCAUUACCCACAGGAGCUGAACAUAAAUGGUCAGAAGCUCACCAACGUCUUGAAGAAAGAGCUAUUGUGAUGAAAAUUCAAACACUUGAUGGGCGUUCACUUAAGAGCUCAAAUAUCAAAACACGAGAACAAUGGAUGUUAGAAUUGCCAGAAGGAAAGGCGAAAUAUUUGGGACUAGAAGCCCGAAGUUUUAGGGCAAAGGAAGGGCCUGAUAUGUCAGAUAGAUCAAGUUGGACAGACACUCCUGAAGACAAAGUGCGGAAGGCAUUAGGAAUGCCAAAGGAAGAGGAUUCUAGUACAACACUUCAAAGGGAAGCAAGGGACCGUCACAUUGCUAGUCGUGAUGAAGAACAAGAGAAGGCUGCUAGAAAACACAAAAAGAAGCAUAAAAGAGAAGAAAGUUUAUUAGAAAUUCAUCAAAAGAAAUUGAAAAAAAAGAAAAAGAAAGAAGACAAAGACGAAGAGAAAAAAGAACGACGUCCGUUCAGCCGAGACCAGGACUUGCAAAUCAACCGCUUCGAUGAAGCUCAAAAGAAAUCCAUUAUCAAGAAAGCUCAAGGCUUAAAUUCGAGAUUUUCUAGUGGUGAAGCAAAAUAUCUCUAAGAAAACUACGCUGGCGGAAAGUGUAAAACUUACGUAGACGUAAUACGUAGAUAAUAUAUUGAUUGUAAAUUGUACAUAAAUGAGGGAGGUUACGUUCGUGAUCCAUCAUGAUGUAAACAUUGUUUACUCUAAAUAAUAAAUUACUUAACUUAAACAAUGGAUGUCUCAUGUCUAUAUCAGUAACUAUUUUGGCUAAUUUUUUAAGGUUCCAUACCCUGAAAAGUAUUUUUUGAUCUAUCCUGAGCGUGUUUUCGCAAUCCACCUGAACAUUUGUUUGGAAGAACAGUUUGCGUUACAAACCCGUGCGCGAUUGGAGGACGGUGCCUUAAAUUGAACACGGGUUUGUGAAGGGGGUUAGGGAAACAAACCUGUGUGUGUUAAGGCAAUACUGCCUACAAAUGUACAUGGAAACGUAAAUGCGCUUUCCGAUCAUCAGUCCAGCAGGCUGAAGAUUCUUACCCGCAUAUGAAUAACUUAAGUCAAAUCGAACAAAAUAGGAUUACUUGCAGAUGCGAAAUAAAUAAAUAAAAGUGAAUUAUAGUAGAUAAUAUAUAUCAUAGGUAAUAAAUGGAUAAGUAUAAUAAUGAAAUACUGUGUUAGUCUUAUAUUUCUUGAUUACUUAAUUAAAAGUAAAGGAGCAUAAACAUUAGAUUAAUAAGUACCUCAGUUUGUGCAUUAUUUUGAUCCAAUAAUGUACAAAUAUUUUGUAAAUAGAUGUGGUUUUUAAUAAUAUUA